ACGUUAGUAGUGCACGCGGGAAUUUCUCGUGUCGGUAGAGUAACGAAAAAAGUGAGAGACACACGUUCUAUCAACCGGUUUUAACGACAUUUUUAACCAGGCUACAUCAUGUCGUGGCUUUUUGGAUAUCGCAACGCACAACCCCAAGACUUUUCCCAAUUUAUACAACCACAAGUACCCGGUGCGAGUGGUGGUGGAGAUGAUGGUCAUACACCACCACCUAAAUCCUCUCAAAUGGAAUCCUAUCGAUUCGAUUCGACUGCCUUGGAAAGAGCAGCGGCAGCUGCCAGGGAACUCGAAAAAUCCGUACAUGCCAAAGAAGCAUUGGAACUUUCCAAAAUGCAAGAAAGUACCAAACAGAUGGAAAGGCAAGCAGAAGUGAAAAAAUAUGAGGCUAGCAUAGAACAAAUGAAAAUUGAGCAAAAACGUAUUGAAGGGGAAGAGAGAAGAAAAAGUAUACAAGAAGAAACUAAACAACAUCAAAUGAGAGCACAGUAUCAAGAUCAAUUGGUGAGGAAGCGGUAUGACGAUCAGCUAAUGCAACAACAGAGAAUGAACGAUGAGAAUUUAAAGAGACAAGAAGAGUCAGUGGCAAAACAGGAAGCAAUGAGGAAAGCUACUGUAGAACAUGAAAUGGAUUUGAGGCAUAAAAAUGAGAUGAAAAAGUUAGAAGCAAAGAUUAUAGCAAAAGCAAAGAUAGAUAGGGAAAAUCAAGAUCUGAAUUUAGAACGAAUCAGAGUGGAAGCAUCUGAAAAACGAGUCACAGUUUUGGAAUCUAUAAAAACCGCCGGUUCGGUAUUGGGCACCGGCUUGACGGCUUUCCUUCAAGACUGGGAUAAAAUUCUCGCUGCCGCAGGAGGUUUGUCUCUGCUGGCUCUCGGUGUAUAUAGCGCGAAAGGUACAACGGGUAUAGCAGCACGGUACAUAGAGUCGCGGUUGGGCAAACCGUCUUUGGUUCGAGAAACUUCCAGAUUCACAGCAUUGGAUACGAUACGGCAUCCUAUCAAAGCAGUGAAGAAACUGGAAACUAAGCAGACCGACGCAUUGUCUGGUGUUGUUUUGGCACCGAAGCUUGAAGAAAGAUUACGCGAUAUCGCGAUAGCUACGAAAAACACGAAACAGAAUCGCGGAAUGUAUAGAAAUAUAUUAAUGCACGGUCCCCCUGGAACCGGUAAGACUAUGUUCGCCAAAAAAUUAGCGGAACACUCUGGUAUGGACUACGCGAUCGUAACUGGUGGCGAUCUGGCACCAUUGGGUCGAGAUGGUGUCACUGCUAUUCAUAAAGUCUUCGACUGGGCGGUAACCUCUAGGAAAGGUCUCCUGCUUUUCAUCGACGAGGCGGAUGCCUUUUUAAGGAAACGAUCCAGCGAACGUAUAUCAGAAGAUCUGAGAGCGAUGUUAAACGCGUUCCUCUACAGAACUGGCGAGCAGAGUAACAAAUUCAUGUUGGUUCUCGCUUCGAAUACCCCGGAACAAUUCGACUGGGCUGUAAACGACAGACUAGACGAGAUGGUAGAAUUCCGUCUACCAGGAAAAGAAGAACGCGAACGUUUAGUUCGUCUUUACUUCGAUAAAUUUGUUCUUCAACCGGCGAUCGAAGGUAACAAGAGAUUAAAGGUCGCACAAUUCGAUUACAGCGUACUUUGCAGUAAAAUUGCUGAAAUGACCGAAGGAAUGUCUGGAAGAGAAUUAGCAAAAUUGGGCGUCACCUGGCAAGCAGCGGCCUAUGCUUCUGAAGACGGUGUAUUAACGGAACAAAUGGUUAUAGAUAAAUGCAAAGAUGCUAAUAAGCAGCACAAGCAGAAGGUUCAGUGGCAGAGUGAACAAGAAAGGCAAGAGUCAAAGUCGAUUUAUGCCACUGAAAAAGAAACAGAGGUUCAGCCUGUGAAGUCAAAAGUUACGGUUGGAUCGCCAAUCGAAACAGCUACUGUGACUGCAGCUUAA